GAUCCUGGGGGUCUGCGAGGGGAUCGUGGGGUGCUCGAGGUGUCUGUGAGGGGAUCCCGAGGUGCUCAGGGGUCUUUGAGGGAUCUCGGGGGUCUCUGAGAGAUCCUGGGGAUGCUCGGGGGUCUCUGAGGGAUCCCGGGGAUGCUCGGGGGUCUCUGAGGUGUUCUGGAUGUGUCUCGGGGGUCUCUGAGGUUUUCCGGGGGUGUCCCGGGGUUCCCUCUCCCCGCAGUUCGCCGCUGCCGCCAUCGAUGUGUCCCUAGCGGGGUUCAGGGGCGGGUCAGUCCCGCGGUGCCCGUGUGAGGCCAUGGCCGGCACCGGCACCAGCACCACCCGCAGCCCGAGCCCGGAGCGGGGCCCCGGCGCUCCCUCGGCCGAGCAGGCGCUGCUGCGGGCCGGGCAGGAGCUCUGCGAGCGGCCCGGGGCGCUGCGGGAGCUGGGCGCGCUGCUGGAGGCGGCGGAUCCCGCGGCUCUGGCCCGGCUGGCGGCGGCGCUGGGCGGGCUGGCGGCUCCGCCACGCCGGGAGCAGGACGGGGCCGAGCCGCCCGGCCGGGACACGGCGUUAGCGGCCGUGGCGGAGCGGGCAGAGCGCGUUGGCGCCGCGUUCCUGCUGCUCCUGCAGAAGCUGGAAGAUGCCCGGAGCCAGGAGUCGCCGGUGAAGCCCAUCCCGAAACGGGUGCUGGGACACGCGUUCAUCUUUGCUGUCACACACAAGGAGGAGAGGCCCUGGACCACGGCGAGGAGUCGGGCGGUGGCUCAGGAGGUGCUGGAGCGGCUGCUCCGGACUGCGGGCUGCGCGUCCGUGCAGGAAUUCCUGCAGGGAAAGGAAGGGGAUGAGGAUGGAAGAUUCGGAGAAGUGAUGGGGAUCCUGAAGCAGGAGUUAACUAAAGACACCUGGAAGCGUAACCCAGCCUCCAAGGAUGUGUUCUCCUGGUCCCUGCUCCGUGUCAGCCGGCCCUGGCUGUGCCCGCACCUGGAGCGGGUCCUGCCGCCCGCGCUGCUCCUCUCCGACGACUUCCAGGAGGAGAACAAAGUGCUGGGCGUGCGCUGCCUGCACCACAUCGUCCUCAACGUGCCAGGAGCGGAUCUGUGCCAGCUCAACAGGGCCCAGGUGGUUUUCCACGCCCUCUACAACCACCUGUACUCACGGGAGGCUCCUCUCAUCCAGGCGGUGCUGCUGUGCCUGCUGGACCUGCUGCCCGUGCUGGAGCGGUGCCAGCGGCGCCAGGGCCAGGGCAGGGCCAGCUCCAGCUCGCCCUGGCACCAGGUGCUGCAGCUGCUGCUGGCACACAUGGAGGCCGAGCACCGGCUGGCGCUGCGCAGGGUCUACGCAGGGGCACUGCCUGCCUUUGUCACCAGACUCGGCAUCCUCAUCGUGAGGCACCUGAAGAGGCUGGAACGAGUCAUCCUGGGCUACCUGGAGGUGUCUGAUGGCCCUGGGGAAGAGGCCAGGCUGGCAAUCCUGCAAACCCUGCAGUGCACCAUAGAGCACGCCUGGCCCAGGAUGCCCUGCAGGCUCCCUGUGCUGCUCAAGGCCCUGCUGAGGCUGCUCUGGGACGUUCACAGCGAGCGGGGCCCGACCCCCGAGCCCGUCAGGGCUGCCCUGCUGCAGGAGGGCACCCAGUGCCUCAUCCUGCUGGACCGCUGCUGCCAGGGCCAGGUCAAGGUGCUGCUGGCUGGGCUGCACAGCUGCUGUGAGGAGAACAGGCUGCAGGAGUGCUUCAGGAAGGUGCAGGAGAGCUCCUGACGCUGCUCAGCCCCUUUUGUACAAUAAAAAUGUUGUGUUUAUUUCAA